UCAGUGUAAUGCACUAAUGAAAUUUACAAGCUGCCUACAACUUUAUCCGGCUGACUUCCGGGUUGCUUUCAUCACUUCCGGCGCGCCAGCGACAUCCAUCCGGUUGCGACGACGCGCGUCUCAUAGAGCGGUGCAGAGAAGCGACAAGGAUGUCUAAGAGGAAGGUCACUUUUGUGGAUGGGAUUGAAGAGGAGGAGGAUGAUCAACAGAAAAAAAGAAAGCUCCCGGAUGUAAUGGGAGGCCCAGGAAGUCGAUUUAAAGGGAAACAUUCUCUGGACAGUGAUGAGGAAGAUGAUGACGAGGAAACCAGCGAUGGACGUUCUGCAAAGUAUGACAUAUUAGCACCAGAAGAUGUUGAAGGACAAGAGAAUGCUACUCUGGAGUCGGAGGGUGGUGUGCCGAUUACUCCUUUUAACCUGAAUGAAGAAAUGGAGGAGGGGUAUUUUGACUCUGAGGGCAACUACUUUUUGCGUAAGGAGGAAGAGAUCCGGGACCACUGGCUUGAUAAUAUCGACUGGGUCCGUGUUAAGGAACGCACUGAACCUGCAGUUGCCACUGAUGAUUACUCUGAUUCUGAGGAGGGCAGGGCACCACUGAGCAAGAAGGUGCUACUGGAGGGAAUCUUGCAGUUGCUCCAUCCUGGGGAGACUGUGGCUAAAGGAAUCCAACGUCUUGGAGGGACAGGAGGCAAGAAGACAACUGGGGGCCACAAAGCAAGACAGAGGCAGAGCGCAGCAGUCAGGAGAGAGAAGAGAGGGACUAAGCAAGAAGGAGACAGAAAGCAGGAAGAUAAUACAGAGUCAAAAAUGGAUGAGGGAGAACAAGAAAGCGGGGAUAGAAGUGAAGAAGGAAAGGAAAGAGAGCAGGAUAAUGGCAAACAGGGAACUGCACAGAGUAGGGUGAUGGCUGAGGAACCAGAGGGAGAAAAUAAGUCAGAAGAUAGGCCAAAGCCCCUGGAGCUGCUCAUAUCUCUAGCAGAUCAGAUGGUGGCCCUUGGAGUCUAUGAGAUCUAUCAGGACACAUAUGAGAAGGUGUCAUACAGACUCAAGACCAUCGCUCCACCGGUUGAGCUGGACAUGUUUGCUGAUGAGGUGGAAGAGCAAACACUGGAGAAGGCAGCAGAGUCACAGUUAUCAGAUGACGUUAUGUGGGAGUACAAAUGGGAGAACAAAGAUGGAUUGGAAUUAUACGGCCCCUUCUCCAGCACACAGAUGCAGGAAUGGGUGGAUCAGGGCUAUUUCGCCGAGGGAGUUUAUUGCAGGCGAGUGAGCGGCUCUGAGGGUCAAUUCUACAACUCACACAGAAUAGACUUUGAGCUGUACAUGUGACAGUCACUCUCGCUGCCCUUCAUGUUCCACUGAGAUGCACUCCCCUGUGGGACACUCACACGAGAAGAGACCGCUGUGUGCUGCUGGUAUGUCUCUGAGUGCUGUGAGAAAGAAUAACCUUCCGGAGCUGACACUCUCGCUAAUCUGCUCUUACACAGGAUUAUUGUAGGGCUUCCGCUGUUUGUAAUAAAAUGUUUUAUUUCUCUUA